GUCUCGCGGAAUCAGAAUCUUCAGAAACACUUGCCUCUUACACUCAUAAUUUUGAAUYUUUGAUUUCCAAUUUCAAUUUCUAGGGUUUCAGAGACUGAGAGAAAUGUCGGAAUCCAAAAGCUAUACCGUGGAGCUCCCAGUGAUCGAUGUUUAUGAGGAUUUGAGUGAAUCGGCAUUGUCUUCUCUUUCAGAGGCCUGCAGCGAAUGGGGAUUCUUCUACAUCAGAAACCAUGGCGUCUCCAAAGAAUUUUACCAGAAACUCAUCUCCAUCGCCGAUCAACUCUUUUGUCUUCCCCACGAAACCAAGAACAAAGUCGGAUUUUCGUGCUACAUCCCCAGGUUUAUUGCGUCGCCUUUCUACGAGAGCUUCAAAUUUUCGGGACCGGACUUCUCUGCAUCUGCUCACCACUUGACGGAAACGCUCCUCGGCAAACACGAUGCGGAAUUCAGCAACCUAUUGAAGGAAUAUGGAAGCAAAAUGACUGAUAUAUCAAGAAGGAUAGUCAAGCUGUUAUUAAAGAUUCUGGGGGAUAAUUUCGAAAACAAAUUUUAUGAUUCUGAGUUCAGUAAUUGCGAUGGCUACUUGAGGAUGAACAACUACUCUCCUCAAGACUCCAACGAAAAUGUUAAAAUAGAAGAAGUCGAAGGACUUGGAAAACACACCGACAUUAGUUGCGUGACGAUUCUAUUUCAAGAUCAUGUUGGUGGGCUUCAAAUGAGAUCCAAAGAAGGAGAGUGGAUGGACAUAAAGCCUUGUGAGGAUGCUCUUGUGGUGAACAUCGGAGAUUUUAUGCAUGCUUGGAGCAACGAGAAGUUGAGAUCAGCAGAGCAUCGAGUUGUUUUGAGGCAAAAUAGUGUGAAGAGAUUCUCUAUGGUAUUCAUUUGGUCGUUUGAAGAUGAUAAAGAGAUAUAUGCACCAAGCGAGGUCGUUGGGGAAGGGAAUGCGAGACUUUAUAAGCCGUUUUUGACAAAAGAAUAUAGAAUAUUUAGGGCAACUCCAAGGGGUGCAAGAGAAAACUAUGAAAAAGUUGGAGCGAAUGUAACAGACUUUGCUGGAAUUGUAGGAUGAUAUCUCUCUUAGCAUA